CGAGCGGAGGGUCAGCUGCUGCAGUGAGGAUGCACGUGCGGCUCCGCGCAUUUCAAGAUCAAGAUGGCAGCCUCCGUGUGUCGGUGCUACGAGCUGGUAGGCAGACGUGCCUUGGCCCUCUGCUCCAGGCCUCUUGUCUCCUCAGUGUGGAGAGGAGAUGCCUACACGUUACGUAGGAGCCCAGCUGCAACUGUGCAGGUGCGAUAUGCUUCAGGACGUAGUAAAGGUUUCCUGGGGGAGUUUGUGGAUAACCUGCGUCAGGAGUUCAGUAAGAAUCAGGAGAUGAAAGAGAGCAUAAAGAAGUUCAGAGAAGAGGCCAAGAGGCUUGAGGAGUCUGACGCUCUGCAACAAGCCCGCAGGAAAUAUAAAUCUAUAGAGUCUGAGACAGUGAAGACUUCAGAGGUGUUUCGGAAGACCUUUGGCUCCCUGUCAGAGACCGUCAAGGAGGGUCUUGAGGAGGUGAGCCGCACUGACAUCGGGAAGAAGAUUAAGGAAAGUGUGGAAGAGGCUGCCAAGACAGCUAAGCACUCUGCUGAGUCAGUCUCCAGAGGAGGAGAAAAACUGGGCAGAACCGGAGCAUUCAGGGCCAUCUCCCAGGGUGUGGAGACUAUGAAGAAGGAGAUAGAUGUUGGGGAUGCCGGCCCUUACAGAGCUCCCUCUCAGCUUAGAAAGAGGAGCGAUUUCUCCUCCAAAGGUGCCGACAGCGACUCCAGAGUGUUCGAGGCCAAUGAAGAGGCGAUGGGAGUUGUUCUCCACAAGGACUCAAAGUGGUACCAGCAGUGGAAGGACUUCAAGGACAAUAAUGUAGUUUUUAACAGAUUCUUUGAGAUGAAGAUGAAAUAUGAUGAAAGUGACAAUGCCUUGGUCAGAGCAUCCAGAGCUGUGACUGACAAAGUCACUGGUUUCCUAGGCGGUCUUUUCUCUAAGACAGAAAUGUCCGAGGUGCUGACGGAGAUCGUGAAGGCGGACCCCACCUUUGACAAAGACUCUUUCCUCAAACAGUGUGAGAAAGACAUCAUCCCUAACAUACUGGAGGCUAUGAUCCGUGGAGAGCUGGAUGUAUUAAAAGACUGGUGCUAUGAAGCUACGUACAGUCAGCUGGCUCACCCCAUCCAGCAGGCCAGGGCGCUGGGGCUGCUCUUCCAGUCCAAAAUCCUGGACAUUGACAACAUAGAUCUAGCAAUGGGCAAGAUGAUGGACCAGGGCCCAGUGCUGAUUAUAACCUUCCAGGCUCAGGUCGUCAUGGUGAUCCGCGGCCCCAAAGGAGAUAUCGUGGAAGGAGAUCCGGAAAAGGUGAUGAGGAUGAUGUAUGUUUGGGCGCUGUGUCGUGACCAGGAGGAGCUGAACCCCAACGCAGCCUGGAGACUCUUGGACAUCUCUGCCUCCAGCACUGAGCAGGCUCUCUAGGAGGAGGAGGAGGAGGAGGAGGAGGAGGAGCACAGGUGAAAAGGCAGAAACUGUGAUGAAGGGCAGAAGACACAUGGAUGUGCCUGUAACACCUGCACGCACUGACUCACACAUGUAUAUUAACACCUGAGUACAGAGUGCAUCCAUGCUCCUGUGUCACGCCAGAGACUGUAUUUGCACACACUCACAUUUCCUAUUGUUAUCCAGAGGGUUUAUGUGCACGUGUAUAUUCAUUCACUCCAUGUUGUGAAGAUAGACAUGAACAUAACCCACUGGUAUAUGAUAUAUCCAUAGAAAACUGUGCAUCCACCAACAUGUGUGUGCUGUCUCCUGCACUGGUUGGCUCAGUGUUUGGGUUUCCAGAUGGAGAGUGAAUAUAGAACAUUUACACUGAUAUUCAAAUGGAUUGGACUGACUUCUUCACCAACUGGCUAAAAGAGAAGCAUGUGCCAUUACCCUCAUUGUUAUAUCCAUCCAUACAUGCCUGAUGGCUACAUCCAUGAGGAUCGACAGAAGAAAAGGACAUGGCACCUGUGGCUUUACUCGCUGGUCUCGAGAGGACAUCUGAAGUCUUAAACUAGGUUUAAUGUCAACACUGUCUUUGUCAAAUAUCGUCAACAGGAAAUUAAAAUGUGCAGCAACCAACAUAGCUGAGUGGGACAGCAUGAGAGACCUUGUUGAUCAAGGCAAGCAUGCUUCAAGUUAAAGGGGCACCCACCAAUUUUACACAUAAGGAUCAGUUUACAUGUCACAAGGAUUCUACCCAACCUGUGUAAACAGCUCUGGAGGGAGCUUUUUAAAACCUGAUAAAAUAACACUGAUGAUGUCAUCAGUUACCUCAGAUUGGGCCUUUUAACAGAAAGCUUGUUCAUGUUACAGACUUGAGAUGUGGAGUUUGAAAGAAGUGAAUAUUUACCAGGCAGGUAGGGUCUCACGGAAGAUGUCAUUGAGUUUCAUUACAGGAAAUAAAGGAUCCAGUGUUGUUCAAGCUCGACUCAUACUAUGGAAUAAAUUAAGAUAUUUAAGCCUCUACUGCUUCUAUUUCAACCAUUCUUUUUAUAAUUUAUCUCUUGUGAGUCUCAAAACUUUAUGGAACUGCAAUACUAAAUGGCUGCAGAGUACAACUUUAAGGCUUUACUUGCAAAUUGUUCUUUCCGCAUAGCUGCAAGGGUCUGUGAGAUUUAAUAAUACCAUCAUCUGCCUGUGUCUGUGAGGCUCUGCCAACACUUUCCCUAUGCAGAUGCCCAAUGUAAUAUAAACAGAAGUUAAUGUCCACUGUCUGGAGUGUGUCUGGCCCUUAAAUGUCCUCUUAACAAUAAAUUCCUUAAAGGUCCAGUGUGUAGGAUUUAGGGGGAAAUAUUGGCAGAAAUUGAAUAUCAUAUUCGUCACUAUGUUUUCAUAAUACAAUCACCUGAAACUAAGAUACGGUGUUUUUGUUACCUUAGAUUGAGCCGUGUAUAUCUACACACAGAGCGGGUCUUCUUCCACAGAGUCUGCCAUGUUGUCUCUAAAGUAGCCCAGACCAAACUAACCAGUGCCGGCUCUAGAUGGGGUCAUUCGUGUUUUCAUGUCUGCCCCUGUAGUUGUCCUUUACACUUGGCACACAGGAGACGUUUUAGUUGGUUGCAAUCUGCAAAAUCACCACUAGAUGUCACUAAAUCCCACACACUACAACUUUAAGAUCACCAGGUGAAAUUAACCAUUAAGACACAGUUGUCAAUGAUUUUAGAGAGAAAAUAUUUGAAGGUGUUUUUUUUUUUCUAGGCCAAAUUACCAUCGCCUUUUGGGGGGAAAAAAGCUCCUUAAAGGUAUUCUGUACAGGAAUUGUUGGUUACUGUUCAUGAAACGUAUUGCCAGCAAGAACAAAAGUGAAAUCCAACCACAGAUUCACUCCUGUGUUGAAACGGGCUUUGUCCACUGGGCGUUUUGCCUCGCUAUAUUUGCCUUUUUCUGCACUGUGUCCUUUGUUUUCAUAGCUACAGAUUCAUAGCUGAAGAUACAGGCAGAGGGCAAAGUCUCUGUAGUUAAAGACACUGCCACACACUUCAUACAUAAGUGCUGAGUAAAAUGAAUUUAUAUAGGUUUUUUUUUUUUGAAAAUACUGCAUAAUAUACAUUUAAGGAAUUUUUAGCCUUGGAUCAAAAUGCAGCUGUGGUGGUUCCUGCUUGGUUCCUGUUCGCUUUUACAUCAGAAACAUGUCCAAACUUAAAUAGUACAAAAAGUAAGAUGAUGUUUGAACCAUUAAGUGUAGGAUGUAAUGAUCUGUGUAGUCCGGGUCCAUGCUGUCCUGUAUACUGUAGCUCAGAGCGCCCAGUGCACCCAGAAACCACAAGCAACUAGAGAAAACAUGCCUUUGUAUUUGCAUUUGUUUUUUCAAGUUGCAGUGCAUUGGGCUCCCAGUCACUGUAUAUCCUGUACAACCUCAAUAAGAACUGUAUUGUAUCUACAUGUUAAUAUAAGCUCUCAACUCCUUGUAAAUAUAUUAACUGUUAAGUACUGCUUUUUUUGUAAGUCUCCAUGGGAUCACAUUUGAAUUUGUUAUCAUGGCUUUAUUGUUUGAAGAUUAUUUGUCCUCUCAUGUUGUACGUUUUUCAGCCAUUUGUUCUACUUCAACGUUUACUUUUAUAUGUGUGGUUUUUCAAUGGGUUUUGGCUGAAGAUGAAUAAGCACAGCACUGUACUAUUGCAUUGACGUUUUUGACGUUUAUACUGUGUGACCACGUGGGUCUCUACUCACUCGCCAAUGAAGAUUGAACACAUUAUGAUUGUACUGUAACUGUCUUUCCUUGAUGUAAUUAAUUGACAGAAACGUCCAUAUGUGUGAAGAGAAGUUGAGCUCCUGAUGAAUAUCGUUAGUGCCUAGAUUACACCACGAGGACCUGAGCAGGUUUUGUUUGUGUAACAGUUGGUGUGAGGUGGCUUAUUAUUAACUAUGAUGGUGACAUCAUGCUCAAAUAACAUUCCUGGUGUGUUCUGAUGAUUGUGUCACUCCUGGGAUGAAAAAUAAAACCUACAAAUUAGGCACUGCUCUCAGUUAAGUAACUCGAAAAAUGCUUGAGAACUCCUUAAACAUGCAUGACCAGCUGUGAGAGAGAGAGACUUAGUGAAAAACCUGCGGCAGUACUCAAUCAGAAAUCACUGUAAGGCCACAGUCACACAUGAGCAAAUGCAGGCGAGUGACCAUCGCCUGCUCAGGCAAUAAUUGUGCUCAGUUGCCUGUUGCUGCCAGCCAGUCAGCAUCUCUCAUGUGGGGCAGUUUGUAUUUUUUAAUGGCCAGUAUCGUACGAUUUUGGCUUGUUAGACACGGCAACAACUAGUCUCCUCCACGCAUCACUGGUCAAAGUCCACCGAAGUUAAACUCCAUGCAAUACAGAUACAAAGUUGCUUUGCUAACAGGAAGUGAAUAUUUUAUUCACCCCUUUGCUCACAUUAAAUGGAAGUGAACAGAAGGUGAAUAUUCACCAAUGUUAAUUUCGCACUGUCCACAGCAAAAUAUCUCAGCAAGCAUUGGUCAGAUUGCUUUGUAAUAUUGUUUAGAUAUUUUUGGUCCCCAGUCCGUUAAUGUAAACGUUUAUUGAGGCCUCAACUCUCAUCUACAUAGCAUCUUCAGCAAAUUUUGCAUGAAAUUUACUCCUUCCUGCGAUCCAAAGAACAAACUAUCCACUUCAUGAGCUUUCCUUUUAGUGCCACCACAAGCCAAAAUCAUCAUCUGUGCUUACAAAAUACUGUUAACAUCAUUAAAAAUUAAGAUUGCCAAGUCAUCCAAAAGGAAAAAUCGCUUAAAUUUAACAACCAUUAGUCUAACACGACCCUGAGGAGAAACGUUAUUAUUGCUCCACUACUCGUACGGCACUAAAAUCUCAACUAUGUUUGCUCUAUGCAACACACACAUUUUCUUCAGAUGGAGUAGACUGGGUUACAGCAAGUGACAAGAGACUCAGCUUCCUAACUCAUUAGCAUGUCUAAAAAAAAUAUAUAGUGUAUACAAUGGUGCAGGAAAUCUCAAGGUUUGCUUGAACGACAAUCCAGUUGUUGCCACAUUUUCUCGUAAUUAUAAGAAAUUCUCCAAACUGUAAAGUGUAUAUGUCACUAAGACUUACACAUUUCAUCCAUCUUUCAACUUUAAGUUUUAAGUUGACCAAAAAGAAAAUUUAUUCAUGAGUUUUUCUGUUUUUACCCGGUAAUAUGUCUCUGCAGAAUAAAGAGAGCUGUAUUAUGAUUUGCUUCAUCCAAGCUUUCUUAGACUCAGCAGCUUUGUAUGUUUUGUGUGUUUGUGCUCACAAGAAAAUUAAACUCUGCACGUUG